AUGGCGUUUCCUCAAGAGAUAUUAACGUGGAUUUCCAUUGCCAUUGCUAUUGGCAUUGCUUACGUUGUUAAGCAGAUUAUUUCCAAUUUAUUAUCACCUUUAAACAAAAUUCCUGGUCCACCAACAUGGUCACCUUUGGGACAUUUACCUAAAUUGAUAAACGAGCCGCCAGGCGAUCCAUAUAUACAAUGGAACCAACAAUACGGAGGCAUCAUUCGUUAUAGUUUUCCUAUGUAUAGCCAACGAAUCGCGAUAAUCGAUCCCGAGUAUACCAAACAUAUUCUUGUUACGCAUUGUAGUAAAUACCGAAAGCCUACCCAGACCAGAAGUUUAUUAAUCGGUAUCAUUGGGGAUGGACUCAUUUUACUAGAAGGCCAAGAACAUGCUAGAGCUCGUAAGAUUAUUAAUCCGACGUUUAAAUAUAGUAAAAUUAAAGAAUUGGUUCCCACUUUUCAAAGCUUUGCCGAAGUUUUAGUAAAUUAUUGGCAAAAUGAAAUUGACGAGCAUGGUGGUUCCAAGGCUACAUUAGAUGUUCACAAAGAUUUAUCUCGAAUCACGCUAGAUGCAAUAUGUAAAUCUGCAUUCGACUAUGACUGCAAUGCUUUAACAGACAAAAAUAAUGAGGUAUCAGUUGCUUUUGCCAAGGUCCUUGGAGGCCUUACUUUAAACUGGACAUACUUUAUACCAGGUUUUAAAUAUUUACCUACUCCUAGUAACAUUGAAGGAAAGCGUGCCUUGUCUAUUUGUCAUGGUACUGUCAGGAAAGUAAUUGACGAAAAGUUAAAAAAAGAAAAUAUCGGUGAAGAAAAGUGCUUGUUGGAUAUUUUAUUAUCGCUUAGAGAUGAAGACAAUAAUGCUGGCUUUGCGCGUAAUGAAUUACAAGAUCACGUUAUGACAUUUAUGUCUGCUGGUCACGAAACUAUAAGUGUAGCAUUGGCUUGGACAUUAUAUGCUUUGGCUACUAACCCUGCAGUUCAAGAGAAAGUUCGCCAAGAAAUUUGUAAGGUUAUACAACCAGGUGACAACAUAACUUGGGAUACGUUUGAUGACUUGCCUUACCUUGACAACGUUAUAAAAGAGUCACUUAGGUUAUAUCCACCAGUACCAAUGACUUUUCGACAGGCAAUAGCUGACGAUAAGAUAGGAGAAUAUUUUAUCCCGAAAGGAACUAUGAUUGCAAUCAUACCACCUUAUAGGAAUCCAAAGUAUUAUGAUGAACCCUUACAGUUUGAACCAGACAGAUGGAACAAUUCAGCUAAGAAUGCCAGUCCUUAUGUAUAUUUACCGUUUCUUAGGGGGCCUCGAAUUUGCAUUGGCUCAAAAUUUGCAACAACGGAAAUAAAGUGCAUCCUGUCUUCACUAUUAAAGAAUUUCUCUUUUCAACCUUAUCCAGACCAACCAGUUGAAAGGAAGUUACAAGUUACAAUGAGGCCUCAUCCAUCCUUGAAACUUAUUGUUUCAUCGUUGUUACCUUCAUAA